UUUUCAUCUGCGCCUCUUCAGACGUGGUCUGAAUCUACAGCGAGCUGAGAGAGAGGCCAUAAAGACCCCCAGCAACAUUUAUCAACGUUAACGCGGUAGUGGGCGUCUCCAGAUCAGGAAUAAUAAUGGACUAACAGUCUUCUUUGCUGUUUCAGUUUGAUCGCAGCUCUGGCUUCUCGGGGUGCUCGAAGAAGAUGAGCCUUUUCUCUUCGGCUAAGGAGGGUUUGCUGCUGUUGCUGUGUGGGGGAGUGGGCUACAUCCUGUGGCGUUUCCUGUGUUUGUAAACUAGACGGUACAGAAAACGUCGGUGAGCAAAGCUGUUUUAGUACUAGAUGAGUGAGGUGGGUGUGGCUUCCCACCAGCCCGACCAUCCUGACUGACGGAUCUCUGGAUGACCUUGUCCCCACCCCUGUCCCUGCGCCCACAUAUACCACAGCAAUGUCACAUCUGCCCAGCAGCUCAGUCCGCGACCAUAUGAAAUGGGCGGGGCUGCUUGGCUGCGAAGCUGUCCUCUCCAGCAUGGCCCUGAUGCAGGCCAGCACAAUGGCUGCUCCGCCUAAAAAAAUGAUGGCUCCGCUCGGCCACGCACCACCUCAGAGAGAAGGACCCGACCGUGCUCCACAGAGCCAUAUGAUCCUCCCUUCUGGAAUGAGCUGUCCACCCCUGCUUAUCCGGAAGGAAGGUGAAUUUCAAGCUCCCCGCUUGCUGGAUGAGAAGGACAUGAGGACCAACGAAGACAUGCAGCAGAAAAAAAAGAACAGGAAAUCAGUAAUGCCCUGUAAAGUGAGAGAACAAGAAGGAAGGGGAGGGAAGGGCACUGGUGGAGAUGAAAAUGGUCCAGCGUCCAAAGUACAGAAAAACUUUAUUUGUGAUCACUGUUACGGAGCAUUUAGAAGUGGAUAUCACCUAAAGAGACAUAUCCUUAUUCAUACAGGGGAGAAGCCGUAUGCUUGUGCCGUAUGUGACAUGAGGUUUAUUCAGCGUUACCACCUGGAGAGACACAGCCUCAUUCACACGGGGGUGAAGCCGUUUGCUUGUUCCAUGUGUGACAUGAGGUUUUUCCAGCGUUACCACCUGGAGAGACACAGACUCACUCAUACGGGGGUGAAGCCGUACGCUUGCUCCAUGUGUGACAUGAGGUUCUUCCAACGUUACCAUCUGGCAAGACACACCCUCACUCAUACCGGGGUGAAGCCAUACGCUUGCUCCAUGUGUGAUAUGAGAUUUUUCCAACGCCACCACUUGGCACGACACAGCCUCACUCACACGGGGGUGAAGCCAUAUGCUUGCUCCAUGUGUGACAUGAGAUUUUUCCAGAGAUACCACCUGGCAAGACACACUCUCACCCACACGGGGGUGAAGCCAUACGCUUGCUCCAUGUGUGACAUGAGGUUCUUCCAGCGUUACCAUUUGGCAAGACACACCCUCACUCAUACCGGGGUGAAGCCGUAUGCUUGUACCAUGUGUGACAUGAGAUUUAUUCAACGUUACCAGCUGGAGAGACACAGCCUCACUCAUACAGGGGUGAAGCCGUACGCUUGCACCAUGUGUGACAAGAGGUUUUUUCAGCGCUACCACCUGGCGAGACACAGCCUCACUCAUAUGGGUGUGAAACCUUAUGCUUGCACCAUGUGUGACAUGAAGUUUUUUCAACGUUACCACCUGGCGAGACACAGCCUCACUCAUACGGGUGUGAAACCUUAUGCUUGCACCAUGUGUGACAAGAGGUUUUUUCAACGCUACCACCUGGCGAGACACAGCCUCACUCAUAUGGGUGUGAAACCUUUUGCUUGUACCAUGUGUGACAUGAGGUUUGUCCAGCGUUACCACCUGGCAAGACACAGCCUCACUCAUACUGGUGUGAAACCUUAUGCUUGCACCAUGUGUGACAAGAGGUUUUUUCAACGCUACCACCUGGCAAGACACAGCCUCACUCAUAUGGGUGUGAAACCUUUUGCUUGUACCAUUUGUGACAUGAGGUUUGUUCAGCGUUACCAUCUGGCGAGACACAGCCUCACUCAUACUGGGGUGAAGCCGUUUGCUUGUUCCAUGUGUGACAUGAGGUUUAUUCAGCGUAACCACCUGGAGAGACACAGCCUCACUCAUACGGGAGAGAAGCCAUUUGCAUGUGACAUGUGUGAUAUGAGGUUUAUUCAGCGCUACCACCUUGAAAGACACAAGCGUGUUCACAGUGGGGAGAAGCCUUAUCAGUGCGAAAGGUGCCAGCAGAACUUUUCACGCACAGAUCGGCUGCUGCGACAUCGGCGGUUGUGCCAGGGUCGCAGCGUAGCCAAAGUAGAGAACCAACCGUGCUGCGAACCACGCCCGUAUCAGCAGGAACCCCCACCUGCACCCCCAACCUGGAGCCCCCUGCAUCCACCUCCGGGACGGCUAGCAGUCUGACAUUACGCUUUCCCAGGAUCCAUAACUUCAGCGGAGAUGGGACAAGCCACAGGGUUUCCUCCUCUCGCCUCUGUGCAGAGCGGCGCCACGUUUUAGCGCAGACUGCUCUUUCAGCUCCAGUCCUGGGAUUAUUAAUGACAGUGGGGCGGUUUUUUUUAUUUUUUAUUUUUUACUUACAUUUCACUGUGUUCCCUUUUCUUCCCUGUUUUUUUAUUUUCGGUGAGACUUUUUUUUUCGUGAUGAACAGUGGUCAAUGGUCCUGUUUUGUACAUUUUUUGUUCCCCCCAAAAAAAAGGUUUUUAUUGUUCAAGCAAACUGCAUUUGGUGGUACUACUCGGGAAGGGAACUGGAUAUUGUUUUUUCCAAUGUAUUUGCAAAAAUAGUGGUGAAAAAAUAGUAUUGGAGCUACUUGGUCAUUUGUUUUUCUCUUAAAUGGCCCAUUUUGACUCAAGAAUUGUCACUCAGGUUCAAUCGGUAAAACUGAGUCUUGCCUCCAGGUCGAAGAUGGAAGCUCCUGGGCAGUGUCAUUUGGGACCACAGUUUGCCAAGGUGUUGCUGCUCAUCAUGUGGUUUUACUGAAAGCAUUGUCGGCUACUUUUGGUGUUUUGAUGCACUAAAUUCUAUUGACCAGCAGGGAAGGCCCAGUUUUAAUCAGUGUAAAUAAUUGAAAAUGUGUAUUAUUCCAGAUUUGACUUGAGUGUUCUUUUUUUAUGCACAAAAUGGGCCAAAAUAAGAGUAAAACGGGAGGUUAGUUUGAUUACAGUCUGUUAUCGCUGUUGGAGUUGAGUCCUGCGGGAAGCUGUUUGUCCAAAAAAAAAAAAAAAAACACAAUGGUUAAAUCCAUGUUUGUAAACCAGAUCAAUUUUGUGUCUGCUUACAAGUUUCAGAGGCUUCUCUCACUGAGGACGGCAAACCGUACUUCUUCCACAAUCACUGUCCAUUCACCUGUGUGUUUGUGUAAAUAUGGACAUCUCCUGUGCUGCGUCAGAAAAAUAUCACUCCCAGAGUUUGGGUCGAAACCGGGUGCAGGUUAGCCUCUUCAAGUCUCACUGUUUGUACAGAUCGUCACAUUGUGAGAUUAGCAGCAGUAUACAAAAUAUUGUGGCCUUAAUAUGUUUCUUUAUUAUUUUUAUUUGUUGCCUUUAUUUUUCUGCUGUGUUUAAGGCUGUGGCACAGAUGCAUUUACCAGCCUUUUAGUGUUGUUUUUAAAUACUAAACUCUGUUACUGGAGAAUGAUGGCUUCAGAAAGCAGACUUCAUCUUUCUGAUUGAAAUGCAUAUUUUAGGUCGUUAUUAUUGCUAAUUUUUUAACAGCAUAUAGUCCUGAAGGUGCUGGGAGCUCUGUCGUCUGGGAGGUCAGUAGUCCUCAGCAGCUUCCAACAAACAGCCUUUUCGUUCAGAUAUGUGACCGGUGUAUAAAAGUGAAUCAUGUCGUGGGGUUUAGCCUCAAGUGAGUUUAAAUUACACGAGUUAUUGUGCUAAAUGCUGCCGUAGUAACAAGGUUUCUUCUACAUAUCAUGAACUUGGGAGGAUAUCUUUUCAAUCCAGGCUGCUGCUCGUUGAACAUCUCAACCCCGCUGAACUGAGCAGCUCCUGGUUGCGUCGUACUUCCUGAAAUGUCAGCAAUUGACCGAGAAGUGUUGCGAACAAGCAACCUGUUUAGCCUGUUUUAUACCAAGCUGGAUGACAUGCUAUUGAAGCCAUAAACCAAAUGGGAAGGCUUUAUUCAUAUUUGCUUCAUUGUAAGUGGCAGAGUAGUAAGGAAAUUGGGAAGUAAAAAAAAAAAAGUGCAACUAGUGAAGUGUGCACUGAGAAAGAGUUCAGUUUGAAGUGACUUGAUUUGGAUGAAAUGGUUGCAGAAACAAUGGCCAAGUUUAAAAAUGUAGUAAUUUGCUUUUGAAACACUAUUCCCAGCCUGUGGAGGGACUCCACUGGUGUGUGCACAUAUAAGAAAAUGCAAAAGGGCAAUACAAUGUGUAGUUGUUGCUUGUUAAUACCUGUUUGUCAUUUCUUGUUUUUAGUAUUAUUAUUUCCAUUGUUAAAAUGCAAUAGAGUCCUUCCAUCUCAGACCUUUAUGAGGUUUUUAUUUUGUUUUGUUCAGACCGAUCAAAGGAAGGAUUAGCUCUUCACAUUUUAUGACUAUUUUAAGGACCUUUUUUCUUUUUAUUGUACACUGGAAUGAAAUGGAAAAACAUGAAAAAACUGAUAUUUUUUUCCUUCAAUCUGUUUUAGAUUUUAGGUUUUGACAAAAGUUUUUCUUCACACAAAAGGCGAACAGAAUGCUUUGGAUCAGUACAGUUGGGAGCCCAGUAUGUUCUGUAAUUUUGACAUUAUAUAAUGUAGUAUCACAGGAAAAUGUUUGCUUUUCUUAUACAAAGUCCCUGGUAUUUGUAGUAAAUUAUACUGAUAAUGGUAUUAGAUGAACAACAGCAUAACAGUAGCUAUCACAGAUUAGUUGUUUUCUUUAUUAGUCUUGCAUGCAGAGUUAUGGUCCUCAGUUAAGAUUGGAUCUCUAUUGAUUAUUUUGUGUAGGAAAAAGAGUGCAUAAGAAUAACUUCCUAAAAAAAAAUGAUUAUUGUAAAAUGGGCUAACUAAUGUGUACCCCUGUGAUCCAAUUAGUUUCAGCUGUAUGAAAAUCAGAGGAGAAGCUUCUUACUAUUAUGCUAAAAUAAAGAAUUUGUAAAGGA